UUUUCUGUUACCUUGAGCAACUUUCUGGAUCGAUCCAAGUACCUCUUUGGUCGUUUGCGUGCAGUUUCCCCAAACGGAAUAACUUGCUAGCUUACUUUCUCCAAACUGGGUCGGCACCAACCGACAACGCCUGUCUACUUGUCAUCACAGCCACACAGCCAGAAGCCCGCAACCAGCCUGCAUCGUUUAUGUAACGCCAAAACCUCACCCACGCCAACCAUUUUCCACACCAUUAUCGCAUCGGUUGCUGCCUUCCUCAAAGGAAAAUGUUUCCUCCACCGUCCGGAAAGGGCAGCGAUUGGCACGCACUAACGGCAGAACGGUAACAUUAAUUGGUCCACACUCACACCCAUUUGAGCAAGUUGCGCUGCGUGUUGUCGCGUGCAGCCCACAACGACACCACCGGAGUCGGACCGUCACGAAAUCGUUGCCGUUUGAAACCGGCUUCAAAAUUCGAAGGCCUUUUUGCACGACGAGAUCGCACACUGACCCACACACAGACGAUCGUGACAAAACAAGGGGAAAGAGGUGACCGGAAGGUAGUGAGGGGGACGGCGAAUGAUCUCAGAAGCACCAAAGCAUCGGCGGUGGUGGUGGUGGUGGUAGAGUGUUUUGAAUUUUGCUGAAGCGGAAGUUCGCUCGCGCCGGUGUCACAUCUGCUGUGCUAUUAGAUGCGGACUCAGGGUCAACAAGCGGACGGUGCGAGAUGUAGUGGGUGCGCAGGUUCCAAUACCGCAAACCGGUUGCUGGUGGUAUUGAGCCGUGCUAUCGAACCGUUCGGCAACGACAACAACAAUACAACGUCAACGGCACGAGCGCGCGCGCAAAAAAAAGGAAUUCCACCACACGUGUGCAAGGAAGGGGAAACACGGCCGUAUUGUGUCUGUGUGUGCCGUGCCGUACACCAUCGCAGCCGGAUCGAACGAAUCGCACGCAGCAGGCUUUGCCAGUUACUUUUGAACCAGCGGCUCGAUCGGCAGGAGCCUGCGACCAGUGACCGUGAUCCGGGGUGAAAUCUGUGUGCGAGUGUGCGCGCAGUGCAAUGUGAUUAGUGUCGCAUCGAUUAGUUUCGUUUCUAUUUAUCGCAAGUUACGUGCGCGUGUGUGUUUAUCAAAAGACGCGUCUGCAAGGGAAGAGAAAAGCACAAAAACAAUGGUGGAAACACAGGUCGUUGUUCAAUCGAAUUUAGAGCCCAAACCAGGGACGGGCGGCAUCGAUGCGGAACAGCAGGGCGGUGGUGUAACAACGACGACCAACGCAACCUCAGCAACCACAGCAACGGACGAUCAUUACGAUCCUUCCGUCCGGAUACUGCACAUACCGAAGCAGACGGACGGUUCCUGUGGCUUUCAUCUGACCCGCAGCAAAUGGGACCCGUAUCCUUGGGUUAGCGGCGUGGAUGCAGACUCACCGGCUGAGGUGACCGGGUUGAAGGUUGGCGAUUGCGUUCUGGAGGUUAACAACGAAGAUGUCCUCGGCAUGCGGAUCGCGGAGGUCGCCGGCAUGGUGCGGGCCAAGGCGGACAUCGUGACGCUGCUGCUGUGGAGCACCGGCAUGGAACCGGCCUGCAAUCCCGAAUCGCUCUGCUGCGGUCCGAUGCCGAUCAAUCUCGAGCGGCUAACUGCCAGCAUGCAAACGAUUGUGGCCGCGCUGGAGUGUCCGGUCUGUUUCGACACGAUACCGCCGCCCGUUUUCCAGUGCCAGAACGGGCAUCUGGUGUGCUCGCGGUGCCGGGUCCGGGCGGAACGUUGUGCCAUCUGUCGCGAACGGUACACGGUCGGGCGUUCGUUGCUGGCCGAGCAGGUGUACCAGUCCAUUACGGAGGCGUUCAAUCUGCGCGAGGGCACGGACGGGAAGCUGCGCGAGCGGCUGUUUGGAGCGCGCUGUACCCGGCAGCCGAAGCGGGCCUCGUCCUGCGAUCGGAAGAAAAGCCCGUACGGUAGCGAUAGCCAUCUGGUGCCGAGCGGGCGGCCCAUACACUCGCACACGCACAAGUUCCUGGCGCGCAUCAUGGGCAAGGCCAGCUCGGUGGACAAUCUGAGCAAGCACGGCGGUGGCGGGCAGCACAUGCAGCCGCCGGACGUGGUGGGCGAUCUGCAGGGCUCGAAGGGGAAAUCGUUGUCGCUGUCGACGAGUGAGAUAUUUAAGCGCGACAAUUCCGUGUCGGUGCUGCGCUGCCCUUCGGCGAAUCGGUUGGCCCCGGAGCUGUCCGGCUCGUACAACAGUCUCGCGAUUCGCCGACCGACCUCGUCCAUGUCCUGCAACGUGUCGGUGGAAAGUCUUAGCAGCAUACCGGAGAACGGCAUACAGCUGACUGUGCCGGUGCGCUCUCACUCGUACCACUGUCCGUGUGGCGAGUACUGCGCGGACCUAAUUGCCGCGCCGGAGCUGCAGGAUCACGUGACCGUCCAUCACCGGACGCCGGUCAUAUCAUUCGGGACGGCGUCGGCCGAAAUAUCGCUCCCCCCGCGUACGCCCGUCGACAAUGCAUGUCUGCUGUUGCUGCUGGAUGGUCAUAAAUUUUGGCUGAAGCUCAUCUCCGACACAAGCACCAUCGGUGACAUCUUCCUUUCGGCGCUGCUCGAGGGCAGCCCGGAGCAGAGCAAAAACUACGCGCUGGAGGUGAUCGUGCGCAAGGCCGGAUUCGACCACAUCCUCGGCAAGGAGCUGAUCUCCCGCUCCGAGGUGUACUCGAUGGUGGACAAAUCGUGGAACGAUCUGGUCAACAGCAAGUCGGGCGUGUUCUAUACCGGCGUCUGCAUCCGUGCCACCUUCAGCCCGGAGACGGAAAUUUUGCUCAAAGUGUCCAUCAAGCGCCUGGCGGAUCUGUAAUCUUAGGAUGUGUGCUUGCAAAGCCGCCCAGUUUCCUUGCCUUUUGUUGCUGUUUGCGUUGUUGUAUAUGUUUUGUUCUGCGGAACUUUGUAAUCAUGUUGAGUGUGAAGCAUUUCCACGCGUUACCGUGGGCCGAUAUGGUCACAAUCGAAAGGAGACGUACAUUUUGUUAAUAAAACCUCUCGUUCUGUAUUGUACUAUAUAUAACAA